AUGCAGCUGGAGCACUGCCUCUCUCCGUCUAUCAUGCUCUCCAAGAAAUUUCUCAAUGUGAGCAGCAGCUACCCACAUUCGGGCGGAUCUGAGCUUGUCUUGCACGAUCAUCCCAUUAUCUCGACCACUGACAACCUGGAGAGAAGUUCACCUUUGAAAAAAAUUACCAGGGGGAUGACGAAUCAGUCAGAUCCAGACAAUUUUCCUGACUCCAAGGACUCACCAGGGGACGUCCAGAGAAGUAAACUCUCUCCUGUCUUGGACGGGGUCUCUGAGCUUCGUCACAGUUUCGAUGGCUCUGCUGCAGAUCGUUACCUCCUCUCUCAGUCCAGCCAGCCACAGUCUGCGGCCACUGCUCCCAGUGCCAUGUUCCCGUACCCCGGCCAGCACGGACCGGCGCAUCCCGCCUUCUCCAUCGGUAGCCCUAGCCGCUACAUGGCCCACCACCCGGUUAUCACCAACGGAGCUUACAACAGCCUGCUGUCCAACUCCUCGCCGCAGGGCUACCCCACAGCCGGCUACCCCUACCCACAGCAGUACGGCCACUCCUACCAAGGAGCUCCGUUCUACCAGUUCUCUUCCACUCAGCCCGGGUUGGUGCCGGGCAAGGCGCAGGUAUACCUGUGCAACAGGCCACUUUGGCUGAAAUUUCAUCGGCAUCAAACGGAGAUGAUCAUCACUAAACAGGGAAGGCGCAUGUUUCCCUUUUUGAGUUUUAACAUUUCUGGUCUCGAUCCCACCGCUCAUUACAAUAUUUUUGUGGAUGUGAUUUUGGCGGAUCCCAAUCACUGGAGGUUUCAAGGAGGCAAAUGGGUUCCUUGUGGCAAAGCGGACACCAAUGUGCAAGGAAACCGGGUCUAUAUGCAUCCCGAUUCCCCCAACACUGGGGCUCACUGGAUGCGGCAAGAAAUCUCUUUUGGAAAACUAAAGCUGACCAACAACAAGGGAGCAUCAAACAACAAUGGGCAGAUGGUGGUUUUACAGUCCCUGCACAAGUACCAACCUCGUCUGCACGUGGUAGAAGUGAACGAGGAUGGCACAGAGGACACCAGCCAGCCAGGCCGCGUCCAGACGUUCACUUUCCCGGAGACUCAGUUCAUCGCUGUCACCGCCUACCAGAACACCGAUAUUACACAACUAAAAAUAGAUCACAACCCCUUUGCAAAAGGAUUUCGAGAUAAUUAUGACACGAUCUACACGGGCUGCGACAUGGACCGCCUGACCCCCUCGCCCAACGACUCUCCGCGCUCGCAGAUCGUGCCCGGCGCCCGCUACGCCAUGGCCGGCUCUUUCCUGCAGGACCAGUUCGUGAGCAACUACGCCAAGGCCCGCUUCCACCCGGGCGCCGGCGCGGGCCCCGGGCCGGGCACGGACCGCAGCGUGCCGCACACCAACGGGCUGCUGUCGCCGCAGCAGGCCGAGGACCCGGGCGCGCCGUCGCCGCAGCGCUGGUUCGUGACGCCGGCCAACAACCGGCUGGACUUCGCGGCCUCGGCCUACGACACGGCCACGGACUUCGCGGGCAACGCGGCCACGCUGCUGUCGUACGCAGCCGCCGGGGUGAAGGCGCUGCCGCUGCAGGCCGCGGGCUGCACGGGCCGCCCGCUCGGCUACUACGCCGACCCCUCGGGCUGGGGCGCUCGCAGCCCCCCGCAGUACUGCGGCGCCAAGUCGGGCUCCGUGCUGCCCUGCUGGCCCAACAGCGCCGCGGCGGCCGCGCGCAUGGCCGGCGCCAACCCCUACCUGGGCGAGGAGGCCGAGGGCCUGGCGGCCGAGCGCUCGCCCCUGGCGCCCGCCGCCACCGACGACGCCAAGCCCAAGGACCUGUCCGACUCCAGCUGGAUCGAGACGCCCUCGUCCAUCAAGUCCAUCGACUCGAGCGACUCGGGCAUCUACGAGCAGGCCAAGCGGAGGCGGAUCUCUCCCGCCGACACGCCGGUGUCUGAGAGCUCGUCCCCGCUCAAGAGCGAGGUGCUGGCCCAGCGGGACUGCGAGAAGAACUGCGCCAAGGACAUAGGCGGCUACUACGGCUUCUACUCGCACAGCUAG